GAAAUCCAUGACUUAUUUAAAGAUUAUGAAAUCAAGUAUUGUUACGUGGACAGAAAUAAAAGAACAGCGUUUGUCACUCUGCUGAAUGGAGAGCAGGCACAAAGCGCCAUUCGGAAGUACCACCAGUAUUCUCUUCGGGGAAAAGAGAUCUCAGUGCAGCUCCAGCCAACAGAUGCUUUGCUGUGCAUUACCAAUUUACCCACUUCAUUUACAUUGGAAGAGUUUGAAGAACUUGUGCGUGCCUAUGGCAAUGUCGAGAGGUGUUUCUUGGUCUAUAAUGAAGUUACUGGCCAUUCCAAGGGCUACGGCUUUGUGGAAUACAUGAAGAAGGACUCCGCUGCCAAGGCCAGACUGGAACUUCUGGGGAAACAGUUGGAGGAGAGCACUCUCUUUGCACAGUGGAUGGAUGUGAACCAGCUCACCACAAAUCUUAUUCACUCUAAGUGCCUUUGUGUAGAGAAAUUUCAGAAAGACUCUGCUGACUCAAAAGAACUGAUCCAAGCUUUCUCCCUAAAGUAUAAACCUGUGUUCUGCCAGUUUGCUCAGGAUGAAGACAGUAACAUCGGUGACUUUGCAGUGGUGGAAUAUGAAACUGCAGAGCAGGCAGAGAAGGUACAAGAACUCACCGAUGGAAUGACUAUCAAAGGAAAGAGAGUGCAGGUGUCCUACUGUGCUCCAGGAGCCCCAGGCAGAAGCACGUUGGCAGCACUUAUAGCAGCACAAAGGAUGAUGAGGAACAACAGGAAGGGCUUGCUUCCAGAGCCAAAUCCAGUGCAGAUUAUGAAAAGUUUUAAUAACCCAGCAAUGUUGCAAAUGCUACUGCAGCCCCAGUUGCGUGGACAUGCUGUUAAACCUGCAGUUCUUGGAGCAUCUGCAGGUUUACCUCACCUGAUAAAUUCAGCAGUUGGGCCGCCUUUUUUACAGCUGAAUAAAGUUCCUCAGAGUUCACUGCUGGGGAGUGCAUCUAACUUACUGCUGCAGAGCCCUGCUCACCUACCACUGCCGCAGCAGCAGCUGAUGAAGAUAGAAAACAUUCAGGCUAAUAGUAAGCCGGGUUUGCUGGGAGAACCUCCAACAAUGCUCCUACAGACAGUACUGGGAAUAGGGGUAAUGCCAUCAGUGAGUUCAGGCCUGGGGACCCGUGGAGAAGCUCUGAAGUCGUCUAAUCUGACUCCAAUUCCAACAGCAGCAGCAGCAGCAGGGGUGGGCAUGCUGCCAUUCUUCCCGAAUCAGCACAUUGUUGGACAAGCUAUGCCAGGGCAAAAUAAUGCUCCAGAUAAACCAGCGCCUACUGAAGCGGUUGUCUCGGGAUCACAGCCCUAUCAUCAGACCUUAACAAAUCUUUCAGCGGGAGCUUUGAGGGCUGGACAUGCCAAACAACAAAACCAACUAAAAAGCACUGAUGCAAAUUUGGGGACUCCCUUGAAAAAGCAGACUUCCCUACUAGGAGACCCACCAAAAGAAAUCCGUCUUAGUACCAACCCCUACUUGAACUUGGCAAGUGUGUUGCCUGGUAUAUGUCUUCCAGCAGUUGCCAGCAAAGCCUCUAGUCCACCACAGCAGACUGGGCUUUCAAACAACAUCGUGGACGCUGCUGUGUCUCAGGGAACUACAUCACAACAUACAGUGGAAAACUAUUUGAGUUACUCUCAGCAGCACGGGGAAUACACACAGGUGACUCCAACGAGAAGUGAGAAGCGAGGCUCCUCGUACCUGCUUUCCCCCCCAGAGCCCGGCCCCGUGGAGUACCUUGCCCAGCAGACUCAGGGCUCCGCAGUGCGUUACGCUGAAUCCUCGCUGAAGAAGAAGCGUGUCUAUUGA